CAACAUUUACAUAUUAACGUGCUGUGUUACCGUGUAUUAAUGCAUGUGUGUGGUGUUUUGAAGGAGUAUAUCUCAGAAGACUGUAUGUGAUAUAAAUUCAGGCAGGUGUCGCGUCAGUCUCGGGGCGGAAGAUGACGGUUCAUAACUUGUAUAUAUUUGACCGGAAUGGCACCUGCCUUCAUUACGGUGAAUGGAACCGCAAGAAACAGGCGGGAAUCUCCAAGGACGAGGAGUUUAAGUUGAUGUAUGGAAUGCUGUUCUCCAUCCGAUCAUUCGUCAGUAAAAUGAGUCCACUGGACAUGAAAGAUGGAUUCAUGAUGUUCCAGACCAGCCGUUAUAAACUACAUUACUAUGAAACUCCGACGGGCAUCAAACUAGUGAUGAACACAGACCUCAGUGUUCCGAACUGUAGAGACACAUUACAACAGAUAUACAGCACUUUGUAUGUGGAGUAUAUAGUGAGGAACCCGCUGUGUGUGUUGGGCGAGUCUCUUCAGAGUGACGUCUUCAACACUAAACUGGAGUCGUUCAUCAGAGCGCUGCCGUUCUUCAGUGUGCGCGCCGCAUGACACCUGCUCAUGUGUGUCAGUGUUGUAUUGAAAAUAAAUAUUAUCAUCGUAUAUUUGUAUUGAACAGUCUGCUUCAUUCAAUUCAAUUCUUUUGGACU